AUGGUGCCAGCACACUCAACGGUCAACCUAUUGACUGACUGCAUAAUAGCGUCCAACAUCCAAUGCUUCAGACUUACCACAGCUGAUAUACAUCAACCUUUGUCCAUCAUCGUGGACAACACCUACUUCGCUUUCCAGGACCAUAUAUACAAACAGACACCAGGUCUCCCCAUGGGACACAGUCUCUCAGGCCUACUAGCCAUCACUUAUAUGAACCAUCUGGAAUGUCUAACACUCAACAUUUGCCGCUCGUGCGCCUUCUUCACCAGGUACGUAGAUGACAUCCUCAUACUCACAACCUCCCGUGAAGAGGCUGAGAGAAUAUUCACGACAUUCAAUAACAUGUAUAUGAACAUAAAUUUCACUAUAGAACAUCCCGACAUCACUGGAUCACUAUCAUUACUUGACUUCAAAUUGAAUAUAACAGAAGAAGGGGAGAACCACACCAAGUUCUACAGAAAAGCAGCCAGUACAGAUAUGUUUGUCCAAUACAAUUCAGCAUUUCCACUCGGUGCCAAAAUAGGAUAUGCCAGAAAUGAACUUCUACGCAUCUGA